GAGGGAGGAGGAAGGCGGAUCUGAGUCCAGACUCCAGGACUUCCUCAGAGGAGCAGAGCUCAGCCUGCAGCAGCGCAGGCACGAGCUGAAGUUACAAAUCAUGAGGAGUGAGUUACAGCGCGGAUCUGUGACGGGUAACAGGUGACCAGCGGUGUGAGAUCAUGGACGACGCUGCUCCACGUACCGCUCGCUCUUCGUUGGCGUGGCUGGUGGGAGCGUCACAGGUGCUGGGUCUGGCGGCGGUGGUGCUGACCGGCGUGUGGAUGGGUCACUACCACGGGGGCUUCGCCUGGGACGGCUCAUCGCGGGAGUUCAACCUGCACCCUCUGUGCAUGGUGCUGGGACUGGUCUUCCUGCAUGGUGACGCCAUCCUGGUGUACAGAGUGUUUCGAAAUGAGGCGAAGAGAAACGUAAAGCUGCUUCACGGCAUCAUUCACCUGCUGGCCCUCAUCAUCAGCAUCGUCGGUUUUGCAGCUGUGUUUGAUUUCCACCGAGCAGCAAAGAUCCCAGACAUGUACUCUCUACACAGUUGGUGUGGCAUGGCAACCUUAGUCUUAUUCUGCAUACAGUGGGUCAUGGGUUUGGUGUUCUUCCUGUUUCCUGUUGCGUCGUCAUGGUUACGAGCCUCAUACCUCCCCGUUCACGUGUUCUGCGGUCUGGCUCUGCUGGUUAUGGCCAUCGGGAGCUGCCUGCUCGGCAUCACGGAGAAGCUCCUCUUCAGCAUCAUGUCGACCUACUCUCAGCUGGUUCCAGAGGGGGUGCUGGCCAACAUCUUGGGGAUCCUGCUGGUGUGUUUCGGGGUGCUGCUCGGCUUCCUGAUCACCAGAGAGGAGUACAGACGUCCACCGAACCCAGAGGAAGAGUCUCUGUCUGUCCAUUUCAAGACCCUGACAGAGGGCGGGUCACCCACAAUGCCUUGACCUCAGAGUGAUGUCUAACACCCUCAUCUGGAUGCAAACAGUGUCCUGCCAACAGGCGAGCUGUCACACCAGUCUCUGUCAAUACCAAGCUACAAAGGCAUCAUCAGUUUAAACACACACGGCCGUGAUCGUGGUCAGAAAAGACUGUUUCCAAAUGUUUAGUGAAGUCAAUAAAAUCAGGGACAGUAAGUGGGUCAGCCAACUUUCAACCCCAAAUUAUUUUUACUUUAUUUAUUUCAUUUGAUAAUGAACAGAAGUCACUGUAAAAUAGUAUCACAACAAUCAGAUUGAAUAAUUAAUAGAGACAUGGCCAGGGGUUUGGUGCUUCCUCAUUUCAUACGCCUUUAAGCAAAACUGACCAAUCACAGCUCUUGUUCUCUCCACAUGGUGCCUCUGUAGUUACAUUUUUGAGCAUGUAAAUGUCGCCUAUGUCGUGUACAGUUUAACCCCUACAUGUAGUUUGAGAGUGCCUGUUAGUCCUUCAGUAACUGCAGAUGUGCAGUAGCUACAGCCUUCCACUAGAGCUCUGCAUGAUCCUGAAACUGAGACCAAACCCUCUCGUACCUGAAUCUGACCCAGAGCUUUAUUUCUGCUUUACUUGACUUGUCACCGACUUUGUUGGAGCCAUCAGGUCAGUCCUGAACACUGGCCACAUGAUGGCACUAUAACUGUCCUGAGUCGCUGUCUGGCACAAUCUGGGCACGUUGUAGUCGACUGGUAUUGGUGAAAAAUAAAACCUAUCAAAUUCUGAUCCUUUCUUUACGAAUGUCACCACCGUUAAUUCCAUGAGUCUGAAAUUAAACUUGGUUGUUUGUUGGGUUCAACUCUGUUGCUAGAAAUGUCACGAGAACGGAUACUUUGAUACCAUGUCGAUGCCAAAAUUCUGAAAACACGAUGGUACAAGUCAAAACUGACAAAAUGUCAUGAACCCACGUAGACUACGACUUUGUGUUCAAGGCGGACCAUCAGGGAUUAAUUAUAAAAUUUAAUAUGUUUUUUAAUCUCUCUAACUCCGCCAGGACGCCGACGUCCUCGUUCUCCCAGGCACACUACGUCAUCAAACCAUGUGAUGUUUGGUAUUGCCAGAUUCAGGAAGGAAUCAGGAAUCACACCUGAUUUCAAUAAGGUACAAUGUUUGAAGCUGGCUGAGUGUUGUUUGAUCACUGAUAGUACUGUUUUGAAGCAGAGUGACCCACUUGUCAUUUGGAGCUCCGCCUGGAUCUUUUCAUGGUAAAAACACUGUAGAAUGGUCAUACUUUGAGCAGUCUUCUUCAAAUUUGAAACAAGUGUUCAUUGAUAGUGUGCCUACAGCCCCACAGUGUCAUUUACCUGCUCAGAUGAAGCCACAGACAGUUAUUCAUCCUCAAACACAUUUUUUAUUUUAUUUUAGGCAAAAUCUUCAACUUGUUACUGACUUCAGAGGCCCAUUACUCUGUCUCUGUAUCACCUAGAGUGUUUCUGACACUUUCACAAGAAACUUCAGGGAGUUUUCUUUCUGGCAAGACCUCAUGCAUGCAUGUAGUCAGAGCGGUUCACAAGCUACAGUCAUUUUAAUUUGGGUAUGUCAUUUUAGGUGUUUUUGCUACAAAAUGGCGGUGGAGUGCAAGAUUAAUAAAGGAGCGUAUCCUAAAGUACAUGUGAUUCAUUGUUUAUUUAUUAUUGGUAUGGAAUUUGGUAUCAGAGAAUCUCUGGUACAGAGAAUCACAGAGUUUAACUGAUAUUGGUAUCGACUACUAAAUUCCUGGUAUGGUGACAUGACUCUGUAACCCGACUGUACGAUCAGAGAGGACUGAAUGUUUCUGUCGUCCCAACAAAAUCAACAGAGUGACACGUCUUCUCCAGAAACACAAUCUAGCUGAUCGCUUCAGGAGUCAGAUUCUCCUGUUUAACAUUUAAUUCCUAUCAUAUGAAUGAUCUAUAUUCAUUGACUUCAUAGUUUUAAUCCAGGACCGUCAGUAUUGAAUCAAAGCGCAUAAAAAAAUAAGACGUGCCAAAGUUCGUAGUCAACUCUUCAGUGCACUGGAUAUGUUAUGUAUUUUGUUAUUUUAACUGUGUGUAUUGAGCUUCUUUGGCACAAACGUUUCUUUUUCUGUUGAAUGAAGUUGUUGCUUUAGUUUCCACUGGGUGGCUGUCAUUGAGGUAAAUCAGUCUGAUCAGACUGUAUCAGCAGAUAAUCAAUAUUAACAGAUCUGUUUCCUUUAAUUAACAUUUAUGUAAACAGCAAAAAUGUUUUUGAGGGAAAUGUAGUGCUGAGUGAAUUACAACAUGUCAACAUAAUGAGGAAGUGUUGCUAAUUAACGUACCUACAUGUAGGAAGCCGCAAAAAUGUUAUCUGAAUGUAUUAGGUUUGUUGACGACGUAUUUCAUUUGCUUUCCACCAAAAUGGUGAUCUGUAACACAGUAUCCACUCAUACUGACAACAUUUAACCAAAAUUAGGAUCUUUCCCAAACCUUAACCAAAGUGCUUUUGUUGCCUAAACACAGAGAGGAGUCUGAACCUGGUUGACACCGUUGUACAGUUUGGCUUUGUUGCACUCGGACCACACUGCCUGCGUGAGCAGUGUGUGACAGCUACCUCGCUGAACUGCUGCAGCUCGCACACAUGUGGUGUUCACACAGGCAGGGUUGCUGCUGCCAUAACUACUGUAUUUCGAAAAAUUAAAGGCCGGUACUUGUCUUAUUUAUGGAGCUGUGCAGCCGCUGCAUUGUCAACAACACGAUCCUGCAAAUAUUAUAAUAUAUAUAAUAAAAAGCCUUGUGUAAACAAAAGCAUUCUGUCCAUAGAAACAUUGUCAGAGGGCUUUUAUUUUGAAAUAGAAACAGGAGGUCAUUCAUUCAUUUCCCGUAACCACUUAUCCUGUUGGGGGGCUAUACCAGCUGACGAGAGGCAGGGGACAUCCAAGACAACCUCCCACCCUCCUCUUGUUAUGAGCCGACAAUGCUAACCACUGUGCCGUCCAAGAAAAGAAACAGGAAGUGUCAAGUUAAGAUAAAUAUUUAUAUUUCUUGUCAUUGAAACUAUAGUGACAGGUGAUAAGAUGACGACGUGAUGAUCAAAAGAUAAUUUUUACUGUCCAUUUUGCUGAAAAUCGCACGUUACAUGGAAAAAACAGGGGAGACUUUGAACCUCCAAAUGCGCCUGAGCAGCGCUGCUCACACAGGCAGUGUGGCCCAUGCGUUACGCUCUACCAGUCAAACUGAUGCCAAACAUUGCACUCACCAGUGACCAUCUCCUCGAUGUAGACAUUUAUAUUUAUAACACAUCUGCCAUCUUGAUUUUCACUACUUUUAAUAAAUCACUUAAAAUAAAAAAAAAUUAGAAAUUAAUAGAUUUUUUUGAAAAGGACAAAAUAUCUGAAUGAUUCAUCCCUGUGUACGUAAAAAUGUAAAGAUCCAGUCCUCAUUAAACGGAUGGAUAAUGUCUCCUAAAUGAAAUAAUUUCUAUCAUGCUACCUUUAAAGUCUCAACACUGUUAAUGACACUAAAAUAAAGUCUGUCCUUUCAUUUGAUGCCCCGCAGUAUCGACAGUUUAUCAGUAUUUGUCCAAACUGCAUUAAACACAGUGUAUUAGGCUGUUUGUAUUUAACUGUCAUGUUGAAUAUAUCUGUCAUGUGUGUGUGUUCAGAUGUGUGUGUUUGGUUAUUUGCAGCACUUUUAUUUCAAGGUGUUAAAUUCAUAUCUUUGAAUGUGUUGAAGCAAACGAUAUAUAACAUGUAGCUACAGUUUUUGUCUUGACUUCAGGACUCUGCACUAGUGCCUAAUGCUCAGCUUUUACUGGAAAUUACUGGACGUUGUUUGUCUUAUGUACUUCUUGAUAAUUCCAUCUUUGAAAGGGAAGUCUGGAUCUCUUAAUCUGUAAAUAAAAAUAUGUGAAAUGGC